AUGAAGACCAACACCCUUAUCCUCACGGCCGCUGCAGCCUUAUUUUCCCAAGUAUCUGCUGAGCCAGGAAGGACACUAACAAACUGGGACUGCUGCAAACCCGCCUGUGCAUGGAGGAGCCUUCUCACGGGAGGUGUUAGUGGCCAAGUAAUGGUCUGCAACAAGGACGACCAGCCCUUCAGCAACGACCUCUCCAACUCGGUCCCUUCCUCCUGUGGUGAUACUGCGGGCUCCAACCAGGGCUAUCUCUGCUCUGACUACCAGCCGCGUCCUGUGGCCGAAAACCUGGCGUAUGGCUUCGCCAUCACGGACGGUAUCGAGAACUGCUGCAAGUGCUAUGAGCUUCAGUGGACCGAGGGCCCUGCUGCCGGCAAGCGGAUGCAGGUGCAGGUUAUUAAUGAGGGCGGGAGCGUUACGGAUGGCAGGAGGGAGUUUAUUAUUCUAACCCCCGGUGGUGGUGUUGGACCUAACGCCCAGGGAUGCGAGUCCCAAUUCGGCUUGGACUGGGGCCGACAAUGGGGCGGCGUCAGCCAAGCCUCGGACUGUGAAUCUAUCCCCGAGAGGAUGCAAGCCGGUUGCUACUGGAGGUGGAACUGGGCUCGAGGCGACGUCAACACUUGGGGCAUCGACUAUCAUGAGAUCUCCUGUCCCGAUGCUCUCACUAGCAUCUCUGGCUGCCGUGCCUGA